AUGGAGGUUGAUAGCCAAACAACCAUAAGUCAUGGAUCUAGACAUAGAAGUUUUGUAUGGGAUCAUUUUACAAAGAUCAAAGUUGAUGGAAAAGAUAAGGCUCAAUGUAAUUAUUGCUCAAAGCAGCUUAAUGGAUCAUCAAAUGAUGGGACGACACAUUUAAAAGGACAUUUGGGAUCUUGUCCUAAAAAGAAGCUUUUGAAACCAUCUGAUAAAGGACAAACAUUUCUUACACCUAGAACCAUGCAAGGUAAACAAGAGUCGAGUACUGGAGUUUACGAUGCAGAAAAUUCUAAGAAAGAGCUUGCACAUGCAAUUAUUUUGCAUGAAUAUUCGCUUUCAAUAAUGGGUCAUAUUGGUUUUAGAAAAUGCACUACUUCUCUCCAACCAACAUUUCAAGUUCCUUGUAGAAAUACUAUAAAAAGGAGAUACUCAAAGUAUACAGUAUGGAGAGAUCAUCAACUUUGA